AUGCCUCCAUUCAAAGAUGACCAGAUUAUAGUUAUUGCGCCAGGUUCGGAAACGACCCUUGCGCAGCUUGGAUUGCCAGAGUCCUUUACCCCAGCACGGGUGCGCAUACGGUCGCGCAUGUUCCCGGCCGAAAAGGAAGGGGAGUUUGAGCCAUACAAGAUCAGACGGCGGCAAGACAAGCCGGCGGAGAAGCCGACUGAGCAGAACGUCGAUGCACAGAAUGAAGCCAAGCCAGCUACAGAAGGCGGUGACGAGAUCGUAUGGGAGGAAGACCGCAUCUCAGAAGAGGGUGCCGUAUGGCCAAUCCAGGACGGAAAGAUCCUAGAUUGGCCUUGUUUCUUCGCGCUCAUUUCUCAUGUCUACAACACCCUAAACCCGCCGUUUCACACCGCAAUCCUUCUCGUAACACAACCGGCGUGGACCCCACGAGAGCAUGAGAAGCUCGCGCAGUUCUUCUUCGAGAAGUUCAAAACCCCAGCGUUCGGCCUCAUGGACGCAGCGCUGGCGACAACAUGGGCUUAUGGAGUACACACUGCGACGGUGAUCGAUGUAGGCAAAGGUAAGACCGAUGUCACGGCUGUGAGCGAGUUCAUUCCUCACGUGCAGGGUCGCAUCGUCUCUCUAUCAGGCAGCGGAGGUGAAGCUUUCACAGAGGCCCUGCACUCCAAGUUGAAAUCGAAGGGCUUCAACCGAGAUAUGUGCGAGCAACUUAAGAAGUCACCAAUCUGCGAGAUCCUACCGGAGGGCACACCUCUUCCUGGAUCUGGGAAGUCAGAAGAGGAGCUUGUUACAAAUCCAGCAGCGGCUGCAUCCACCGGCGCAGUCGGCUCUGGACCUGCAGCGGCUGCAGCGAUCGGGAACGUCCCUCGGGGCCCGGGGCCUGACACAGAGGUAGGAGAGGAGGACGGUGCUGAAAAUGAGGGUGUCCUCGAUGUUGCAAGCAUUGUGGCUGGCGGGAAAAUGAACGAGUACUUGGCGAAGAAGGAGAAAGAGAAACAGGAUAAAGCCUCAGCAAAGAAGAAGGGCGCGCCUGCGCCUGAGGCAAACAGGCCUGUCAGGUUACCAAACUCGAAGCGUGAGAAGGCAACCUUCUUGUACGAAGACCACGCACUCUUGGACGCUUUGAAGAACACAAAUCUAGACACCCAGGGCAUGGCAGACGCUAAGGCCGCACUGGACGAAGGCCCUAGCAAGAGAGCACAGAACGACGGCGAAACUGGCGAUAUGGUCGACACCAACGGUGCCGGCGAAAAUACCUCCUCAACAUCACGUACAGGCCACAUCAGGCGAGAGAUGGAAGUUGGGACUGAACGCUUUCUUGCAGGCAGCAACGGUGCGCUGGAGCAGAUUGCAGAUGCAAUACAUCGAACAAUAUCAUCGGUGGAUGAAGUGAAUAAGCGGAGUGAGCUUUGGGACUCACUGGUUAUUUGCGGUAAUGGAUCCAGGCUGCGAGGUUUCAAAGAGGCACUGCUCCAAACUAUUCAAUCCAAGUACCUGAUCUCACCCUCAUCGGCUACGAUCUUCACUUCGGAGAUCCCAUCCAAUAUCUCCACACCAUCCGGGACAGGCGCGAACACGCCUCAGUCUCAGCUCGGCCCUCACGGUGGAUCUGGUGUCAAUCCCCUACUGUUCGCAGCGACGACCGCCCAAUCUCAGAACCUCAUGCCUCACAGCGGCAAUCCGCUCAUGCCUGGCUUGUCGCACAAUGCCCACUCGUCACACGGUCAAACCCCUACUUCAAUCAAGACAGUGAAGCCACCGGAGUACUUCCCUGAAUGGAAAGACGUAGGCUUCGAUGAGUCGGCGUUUCUUGGCGCACAGAUCGCAGCAAAAGUCAUCUUCGUUGUCGAUCAGGGUCAAAGUAAAGGAUACAUGACUCGCCCAGACUACAACGAUCAGGGUCCCCAAGGUAUCCACGACUACAGCCUGUAA